AUAGCGGUCGAGCAACAGGCGGCCCUGCCAGUAUUGUCAGACAAGCGCGCCGGGGAGGUGCGAUGCCCGCGACAUAGCUGCCUAAAGACGCGCUCUUUUAAUAAAAAAAAGUGAUUCGAAAUUCAAAAAAAUCCCUCCACAAACAAAUCUUUAUUGUGUUUGCUUUGAUAACUGCCAGUGUUGUACCACCGCCGGAUCUAUUUCACGCGGAACAGCGACGAUGACGCCGCAACCAACAAACGUUGAAGUUCACACUCCGAGCGUAUUCAAAGCUGCAUCUUCAAAGGCGAGAAUAACAUCGUAAAGUGAGGAAUAAAGAAGCGUUUAGUCGCGAUGCUGGCCGACAAUAGCUCGAGCUAUGCGGCGGACAUGUCUAUUGCAAACGGCUCGUACAAUUUCUUCUUUGAAGACCCUCGCUUCAUUUCCAUUCUGAAGAGCAAAGGACAAAAUCACAGCAAGAGUUUGGAGGAAGCGCUGAGGGUUCUGGAGGGGUGGAGGACGAAGUACAACAUCUCGUAUGUGAGGGAAUGCGAUAAGUCCGCCUACUGCUCUGGCGAUCUAAGAGACUUCAUACUUGGAUACAAUAGCAUCCAUGGCUACGUCAGUUUAUUGGUGUGCCUGUUCGGCAGCCUGGCGAAUGCCCUGAACGUGGCGGUGCUGACGCGGCGCGAGCUGGCGGCGGCGCCCAUCAACCGCCUGCUGAAGUGGCUGGCCGUGGCCGACGUCUUCGUCAUGCUGGAGUACGUGCCCUUCGUCGUCUAUCGGUAUCUGCUGUUCCCGGGGCAGCGCGACCGGCCGUACUGCUGGGCGGUCUACAUGCUGUUCCACAUGCACUUCACGCAGAUCAUGCACACGGCCGCCAUCUUCCUCACGCUGUCGCUCGCCAUCUGGCGGUACAUCGCCAUCAAGUACCCAUCGCACAGCGCGGCGUACUGUACGGACCGCCGCUGCUCCAUCGCAAUAGUCGCGAGCUUCGCGCUGCCGCCCGUGCUCUGCAUACCGUCGUACGCGGUGUUCACGAUCCACAAGGACUUCACGGUGGACAGCCCGGGCACGGUGCCCGAGGCCGUGUACUUCGUGGACUCGGACUUCGACGGCGGCCUCUACCAGCUCAACUUCUGGGUGCACGCCGUGCUCAUCAAGCUGCUGCCCUGCCUCAUCCUCACCGUCAUCAGCGCCUGGCUCAUCAGAGCCCUCUACCGAGCAAACAGCCGGAAGAAAGCCCUAAAAGGAUACAGCGCGUGCCCCGCCGGGACCGCCGGAAACGGAAACGUGUUCACACGGAAACGGUCCAAGGCCGAGCGCCGCACAGACCGCACGACAAAAAUGCUCGUCGCAGUAUUACUCCUGUUUUUGCUGACGGAAUUCCCUCAGGGCAUCCUAGGUCUCCUAAGCGGCCUGCUCGGGCGCUGCUUCUUCAAGCGCUGCUACGACCUCUUCGGGGAGCUGAUGGACGCGCUCGCCCUGCUGAACGGAGCCAUCAACUUCGUGCUGUACUGCUGCAUGUCGCGGCAGUUCCGGACCACCUUCGGAGCCAUGGUGCGGACGCGCUGCGCCGCCGCCCCCCGCGCCGGCUCCCACACCGAGCUGCAGACCACGUAUGUGUGAAGUGCGGCUGUGGAUUUGAAUGCUGCUGCCACACAUGGCUAUUCGUAUUUGACAUAACUCCCAUAGGAAAGCUAAAGAUCGCAUCCAGUGGCGUGCUUUGGGAGAGGCCUCCGUCCAGCAGUGGACUGCUAUAGGCUAAUGAUGAUGAUGAUGAUAACUUCUAUAGACUCGAUGCGGACCGCCUCCGAUCGGACAAGGUGAAAAUCAAUGGGGGAGCCCUAUGUUCAGCAGUGGACGUGCUAUGGCUGAGAUGAUGAUAACUUCCAUUGGCUGUAUUUGCCAAAUAGGUAACUUUACUGCCAGUUUCAAUAACACUAUCGAUAGAUGAGAGUUAUUUUCAUACGAUUUUGACAGAACACAACUAUUUAUGUGUCAAAAUCAAAUGAUAGUAACAGUCAGCUAUCGAUAGAUAGAGUUUGAAACUGGCAGUCAUAGGCAAAUACGGCAAUAAGUUUAAUGAAUAUACUGACCACACAUGGAAGUUUUGCCAAAUAUAUACGAAAAUACGAAUAGCCAAAUGGGGUAGCAGCAGAAGAGUCAUCGGUCGGUUCGGUGCACAGAUAUACAGGGUGUGGAAAAAAAUGUAUUAUUAAAGUACUUAAUUCGUGAGGGAGGGGAUGACUCAUAAGUUCAUUCAGAAUAAAUGUUCUUCUACGACUAAUCUAAUACGGAACAUCGUGAAAACCUCUGUAUACUAAAAAUGAGAGUAAAGAAAUUUUAUGAAGAAGCAUAUUUUUUUGCUAGUUUUCUUUAUUUGCUCGUAGAACCAAAUUUGUUUAGCAUCUUCCUGUCGAUGUCGGGUUAGUAUACAAUUUUCCAACACCCUGUAGAUGUACAAUAUGAACAAUAUUAGUGGUUCGGUGCGCAGUGUUGGUGCUCAAGAUAUGUUUCGUCCGUCGUAUCGUCACGUCCGUAGAAGGAAAUGGUUAAGAUUGUAUAAAGUUAAGAAAAAUAUUAAAGUAAAU